GCGAUCUGGGGCCGGGCUCUUGAUUCCUUUCGUUUUCUUAAGACUAUAGAUCUUUUCUAUCCAUGACCGCAAAUGACAGCAAAUUAAUCUAGUCGAGCAGUCUCAGUCUCCUCUGCUUUUCAGCCGAGUCCAGAGGAAUGGCUCAGGUCAGUCAUCUGCAGAUGAUUGAUGAGAAGGACUUGCGAGACGUAGUUUUGGUCAGAACGAGUACAGGUGCGUGUUUGCGAGGAUGUUUCGGAAGUACAGGACGCAAAGUGGCUGUGAAGUUAAUCGAAGAUAGUAAGUGGAUUGACAGAUUAAAGAAAGUAGGAAUGUUGGGCCAGGUGUGCGCUGAGCAAGUACUGGUCCCGUUGGGUGUGUACACAAGUUCAGCUCACUCUCUAGUGGGGUUGGUGUGGGACUGGAUGGCUGGAGGAUCUCUAGAUUCCACACUGCACGAUACAAAUCUGUACCCAGAGCUUUCAAUGGUUCUUUGUCUUCGGAUCAUGUUGGAUGUUGCUGAAGGUUUAGCUCACAUCCAUGCCAUUCCGCUGCCUCAUGGAGCCCUGAAAGCUACCAACGUUCUUCUCGACCAACAGUACAAUGCAAAAUUGUGUGACUGGGGUCAAGAGAUAGACAUGCACUUGACCACUUCUAAUGGCCUUGGGCCAUGUGUCAGAGAUCUGGCCUAUAUGUCGCCGGAAGUCUUACAAGGUACUGUUCCUUCUGUGGAGGCGGACAUAUAUAGUUUUGGGGUUCUGCUGUGGGAAACACUGAAUAGAAAGCGUCCAUGUGAAGGUAUUGAUCAGCUUCAGAUCAAAUUAGAGCUUGGUUUAGGGGUUGACCUUCUGCCCCUAAUGACUCCUCAAAACCAUGCUCUUGCUCAGCUCAUCAUUAGAUGCUUGAAGAGUGAACCUCAAAAACGCCCAUCGGCUGAGGAGUGUGCAGUGGUUCUAAGGACAGCUUUGGCAGCAUUUGAUCCUCAGACUUUCAUUGAAGAUGUUCUUCAUCUGAAAAAAUGCAAGGAGAGGAGGCUACUGAGCUGUAAAAUACGCUCAUCCUGGGAGUUGCCUAUUGAACUACAUAACCUAGAAGACAAUAGUUGCAGUGGUUCCACAAAAAAAUGGACCUCCAAAGUGAUUCCACAGAAUGAAUCUCUGCCAGUAUCUUCACUGAAGGCAAAAGGAAAGUCCUCUCCGCCAUUGGCAACAAGAGCUGUUUCUCAGAUUGGAUGCUUUAGGGAUACUGGAAAAAGUUCAAUCCAGUCCAGUAACUCCUGCAGUAAUCGUGAUCUCAAUCAGAUUAAUCGGCGUUGUGGAAUUUCCCAUAGACAAAGUCCCACAUCUUUAAGGUCCCCAUGUGUUUCCUCUUCAACGCUGUUUCAGAGCACCCCACAACACAACACUGGCAACCAAGUUAAAUGUGAACUGUCUAUGGGAAGGAGCUGUUGCCGGCUUCUGCAAGAGAGACGAGAGGCCAUUGUUCGCUGCAUGACUGAAGGACGACUCAACAACAUUCUUGACGUGUUACGUGCUAGACAUGCUCUGACCCGUGAGACAUAUGAGACCAUCAUUGCGACCUUGACCCUGACCGCACGUACGCGCUGUUUGCUUGAUAUCUGUGCAUGUCUUGGUGAAAAUGUUGCUGUCUUGGUGGCCACAACUUUAGGUUUAGUAUCCACUGAAAAUACUCAAACCGCCCAUAGGUGGCAGUCUGGUUAAAUUUGAUGAACAAUGCCUUUACAUUAGUGUUGUAUUGCAGUAACUGCAAACAAAACAAUUGAUAUUAGAUUUGUUUGUCUGUAUAAUGUGUCAUGAAUAUGUUGAGAUUGUUAUUGUGUUCUUAUUUAGACAAGUCUGUAAGAGAUGACGAGAGGUCAGAUCUUAUAGAAGGGAAUGCUGCCAUGCAGUUUUAUUCUUUUUAAUCAAAAAAUAUCAUCAAAUUAACACCCAAUGUAAAGGGUAUUGAUGAUCUCAUUGUUUCCCAGUUCAGAAACUGAAGGGAUUAUUCAAAUGACUUUGAACAUCAUUGUGUUCUGAUGAAUGGGCAAUUACAGAUUUGAAUACAUUCCUUUGAAGAGAAAAAAAAAAAUCAACAGCGCUAAAGCAGAUUAUUUUUCUUUUUUGAUAAGAAACUUUUGUGAAAGGUAAAGCUAUUUCCUUUAAUCAUUCUUAACAGCUUAAUAACUUUCACACUCAGUUCCUGUUAAUAUUGAAACUGUUGUUUCAGCUUAAUAUAUAUUAUAUUCUUUUGAUAGACUCAUCAAAUAUUUGAAGUUUUUUUCUAUAACCACAUUUAUCUUGAGUUUUUGUGUGUACUACACAUUUCCAAGGUUGUGUGUUUUUGGUGUUAGACUUAAAUUUGUGCAUGUUGCACAACAGAAAAACACAGUAGUUUCUGAUUGUAGUGUAUCUUGCAACAAGAGAUUAUUUUUUUUAAAACAUUUAAUAGUAUUGGUUGGUGCUCUGUGUAUGUAGCACUGAAUGUGUAAAGCAAGAAAAUGAAUAAAGUAU